ACUGAGGUAAGUGAGGUUCAUUGUUGCGCUAUGCUUUCGUGUGCCAGGACUCAUUUAUAUUCCCACGCUACUUUAGUUUUAUGAUAUAAGGUCUAGAAACCGAAACCCAAAACGCUGUUUGUCUAACUUAGACAACUGGUCAAAAUGCCUAUAUAGGCAUAUGAUGCAACAUAUAUAUAGGCAUAUUCCUACAUUUGCAUAUACUAUGUCAUUUAUAUCUUGCCAACGAUUGAUCAGUCCAAGUCUACCAGAAACUGGAAACUCGCCUUAGAAGUAGUUGUCACUUCAGCCCAUCAAAUUCCUCAAUAUGGAAUGUAUUUGAAUACGGUAAGUCACUGAAUCAGGAUGUUUAUUUCAUAUCUUCACCAACAAUGUAUACUACUCUAAAUCUCAAGACUUUUAACACAACCUUCAAUAUUAAGGAUAUUCAGGCAACCAACCCAUGUUAAUCCUUGGAGUAAAUAUCUCCUUGAAGAUUCAGUAUAACCAGGGGUUACUAAUCGUGGAUACUCAUUUUGGGAUUUUGUACUGUGUAUUGAGUAUCUAUGUUAUUCUUUUGUAGCAAAUUAGUAUCUUUAAAGACGAGUGAGUCGGUCUGUAAUCUGGAAUUCACUUUUUCCCGGAAGUAGUGUCAUGAGGUGCUCAUAAGUAAUGUAAUUCAACUCUGUACGCAUGUACAGGGCUAUGAGCUUAACUUGUAUAUAAACUUAAUACAUCAUGUAGGCAAAGGUGAAGUGAAGGAACUGCGAACAGUCAAUCUAAUAACCUUAAGAAGGCUACUAGGUUUCUGCUAACGUUGAAAAUGUUUCAAGUAGAGUAAACACUUAUGUAGUGUAACCGUAAAAAGCUGUAGGUGGGAUGUAUCUGUUUUGCAUAUUGCAAGCAUUUCUCAGUUUCUUAUAGGUGUUCAAAUGGAAAGUUUAACUGAUUUCGGUGGACUUAUUUCUUUGGGUGGCUGUCAGAAGUUUUAUUUCAAUCGAGAUCUGCUCAGAUAUUUUUUGCUAAGCUUUCCCGAGAAUGACUCAGUUGAAACAACCCAGUUCGUUUCUUAACUGCUGUCUUGUCUUCAAACUUAAAACGAGCUAGGGGUUGUUUACACCGAUUCCUUAUGGCACUCUAAUGUCUUGGGUUACUUCCAGAUUACUGCCUUGUCAGCGUUAAUCUUACGUGGAGCGCAGAGAACCAAGACUACAGUAGUGGAGCAGUAGACCAGAUAAGUACCUUUUCUUAGUGUUUUAUAUAGCAUUCCUAACGAAGACGCUGACAAAGUGCUGAGCUUUUUGAACGUUUUGGGUAUAAACUUGAAAGUUUUCCAUAGUGCGUUUAGCACCUGUCAAAGGCAACUAAAGCUUCAGGACUAAUUUAAAACUAAUGCUAGCCUAAAUGUCGAAAGUAAAACAGUGAAAUAUGUUAACCCUUUUGAGACAAACAGAAAAAAUCAACAUAAGACCUCACACAGAAGUGAGUCGGUUCAAGUUGCCACACUUCACAUCAGCAUGCGAAAAACAAGUGGGUGACUUCAAAGUAGAUCAAGAUAUGUAAUAGGAAAAAGGAUUUGAAAGUCAGGUUCGAGUUUCAGAAGACUUCAGAGUGAGUACAUCUGCACCAUUGUGACAAGUUUCCAGCCAUGUCACCAGUUUUCAAUCACUGACUCCUAUCGUCUUGAAGGCCCUGAACAUGUGGUCUACUCCUCUCUAAAUGGCUCAGCAACAAUCAGAGACUUUAUAGGCUGAUACAAUGUCUUGUUCUGGCCACUCUAAGCCUCCUUCAACCUAAUUCAACUUAGGUUAAUAUUGCAUUCAGAAGUAGACAGUGCCUUGCCCUGCAAAGUUCACCUAUUUGGAGAGUUUUGUCAGUUCAGAAGGUGUAAUCUUUUUUCGGAUAUAAAGUGCUUGUUCAUCACUCACCAAUUUAAUCCAUUUGUGGCGCCGCUAAGAUGUGUUAUUCCCUAUCAAAGGACAAACAUAUCGCAGCAGUUCUCUCUGUUAUACAAUUGUGAAUGAAAAAGUUACAGGUGUCUGAUCAUUGUCACCAUAGCAUAACUUUUGUGUAGUAGAAUCAUCUGAGCAUAGAGUACUAGGUAAGAAAAGCAAGUUGGUCGAUGAAGUUAUUCACCUUGACUGAAGGAUGUAGCAUGGAUAUAUAUUGUGUAUCCUGCAACACCGCCUACUUUCACGUUCCAUGUUAACCGAAUGAAGAUUAGGCCGUAAGAAAGCUAUAGGUUAUUAAACUAAGACUUGGAGCUAGUUCAUGAAGUCGUUUGCUGCUGAUCUGGGCCAUACAGGGAGGCGUAGAAUGUCUAGUCUCCUAAAGACGUUUCAAGUCAGUGGUGAGAUACUAUUGGUGACAUGGCGCAAAUUUACAAACCAUUUGUUGUCUUCAACGUUUUGAGCAUUUUUAUUAACCGUCAUAUAAUCCUCUCUCUUGUCUACUUUAACUCCAUUCAUUUUGAAUGCACUUCUUAUUUUUGCGUUUUUGUAAAGUAUGGUGACUGAAACCGAUAGACUUUAGAGUUGAAUUGUCUACUUGGACUCAUUUGAAAACUGUUGGUCGACAUACCAUCUACUUUAAGAGCCACCUGACUGAUACUUCGGCUACUUGCUACUCGACACAGUUAGCUAUUUAAAAGCAUUUUAAGACGAGGGUGGACUCCCGAAUUUUGACCGUACCAGGUUGUUUAGGUGACAAAACUUAUUUAAGAUCUUGCGAUCAGAAAAUGCUUCACCCAGUCUUGAAGUCGGACUUUACCACUAAGCUAUCAGACUAUAGAUAUACGUAAUCAAAAUGCUAUAUUAACGUUUAGGUGGGUACCGAUUCAAAAUACAAGCAAACGACCUUCAUUCAUAGGUUUCAGAUCAGAAAUCUUAGGAAGAAAGAUUUUGAGCUGCUUCUUUUGUUGAUUUCUGAAACUGGAAACUCGACUGCUUGAUUCACUAUCCUUGUUUUAGUCUUAUUCAGGUUUGUACUUGAGUGGUUUUAUAUCUAUUUCUAAAGAACUCGGGAACUCCGCUUCAGUUUUCAAAAUGUGUUCAUCACUUCUCAUUUUCUCACAUCUCGAAUUUUCCAUCUUAUCACUUUUGACUGCAAUUUGUGAAAGUUUUCAUUUUAAUCCUCCCAGUCUACUCGCUUACGUCACUGCGUAUUUUGUUUUUGGAAUUGUCAACUGGAGUAUCUCAAUCACUUAUUUAGUUAUCAUAGUAUUCACAGUCAUUAUCGUCACAAAUAAAAUGAAUCCAUUGUUUUUUAUGAGCAUUGCUUUCAUUCUGAUCAGAAUGGCGAAAAGAAUUGUUAGCUACCUUAAAUUCAUUAAACAGGGUUAUGCUUUGAAAUCACUUGCUGGAAAGGUGUACUUAAUACGCUUACUGAAGUGUUGAAAUCUAUUUACCGAAACUUAAGUCAAAGUCAUACAAUCACCUGUUUCCAUUGUUCUGUAAAAUCCUUACACUCAGAUCUUGUGUCACAAGUAUUUAUAAAUAUCUUGUAGAUUGAAAUUAGGUGAGAAAUUUCCUAUUUUUCUGUAGAGCCAAUUGCUCACUGGCUGUAUGAGGAAUUUUUGCUGACCAAUAUCUUUGUACGGGGUAUUCGUUUCCGUCUGUGAAACGUUCUGUUGCAAUAGACGUAGUAAGAUAUUUGUGUAUCGCUACCGAACGAAAAUUCUAAUAUUUCCUUUGGUGAAAGUAAUGUGUAGUCAUAUUUUAGAUUGCUGAUAUCUGCACAUUUUGGCUUUCUUAAUUCCCCUAAUUAUUUCCAUACUUUUUCUAAACAAUACACUGAAAAACUGUUUUAUAUUUCAGCUUUCUUUGAAUCCUAUGUUUCCGCUAAUUGGCUAUGAACGUUUUACUGUUCGGGAUAAAGUUAGCCAUAGCAUGCCGGUUUGUUAAGGCUGAGUCGGAAACAUAUGAAGCGAAUUUGGAUGAACCAUAUUACGAUGAAGUUUCUCAGAAACAAAAGAUCGAAUAUCACUUUACCCUUUCAAAUCGUAGCGAGUUUGUCAUUCGAAUACAUUUGGCCAAUUAUAACCCAAGGUUGGAUUAUCCUAUAUUAGUGGUAAUCAAGCAAGUAAAUAAUGUGAUGUCAUUCCAAGUACCAGUGGUACUCAAUACUAUACCAGCAUAUGGAAACGUUAGUCGUACACUUUGUCCGAUUGCCGUUCCUUUUGGAGAAGUUCGGAAACUUACAGUCGAACUAUCUAACGCUAUCAGUUCACCUCAAAAGGUGCGUUACAUGUUUCUUGCAGAGUUGGUUCGUGAUUUUGAUUUGAAAUCGGGUACAGAGAAAAGUAUGCUAGUGUCACCUGCCGAACCUGUUUAUUUGAGAUAUGUUUAUCCACCCGACAAAAACUCAGCAGAAAUCAAAAUAGUUUCAGAAAGUGACAUAUGUAUGGUUUUGUCCAUCCAAAAACUUCAGUGUCCUGUUAGCGACUUGUUUGAUAAUGUGGGUAACACUGGAUUACGUCAGACUGUCACCACUCUGGGUGCAGUAUCUGCUGAUAUAACUCAAUUUCCCAAGGGAUUUUUCGUCGUUCUUGUCUUGAAGCCAACAGAUUAUGCUUGCUUUGGUAUUGAAAAUAUCAUUCCAUUUCCAGAUCCACAUGGACGACAAAUAUACCCUGCUGGAUCUCGAACCAAAUCUGUUCGAAUCAUAGUUACUUCCACUCCUCGAAAAUGGCCGUAUUUAUUGCCUAUACUUGGAGCUAUCGGUGUUUACUUACUUUUCUACGUGGUUACAAUCAUUCUCAUUAUCUUGUAUCAGAGAGCGGGAAACCGAAAGCGAUUUUACAACGAGGCGACGAUAAAUUUUGAUUAUGGCUCAAAUUGUCCAACUGCACAUUCUGUCCGUUCACAGAAUUCUAACGUGUCCCAUCUCAUGACAACCUCUACAUCACCUACGGCAGUACCAACAGCGACUUGUUCAACAACUCCGCAAACACCAGCUAUUUUGGUUAAUAGAAGGCGUAGAUAUGAUUAUGGGAGUACACUGACUUCAAAUAAUAAUAUUCAACAUAAUCUUAUUAGUAAUAGUUCACAAACUCAAUCCAUUCCUGUCGAAACAGUAUCCUACGAUAAUCCAGUUGUUUACAGUCCGUCAAAAACCCCAUUGGAAAGUAUCAAAAAAGAAAACAAAUUUUCAAAACAUAAAAAAACUCCAAAUACAACAAAUCCACCAACUGUAUCACGAAUUUCUUCAAACAGUCUGAAUAUCUUUAGACCAUCUCAUACUGGUAUACACCAUCAGAUAUUAAGUCUACCACAAGAUUAUCAGAGUAUUACAUUAACUAAUUCAGUUGAAUCUAAUCUUUAUUGCCGUACUUCUUCAACUCACCAAACACCGUUGGCUGAGACACAAGGCUUUCAUGGCUGGUUCAGUUCAACUGAUGAAGAUGAUGAUGCUGGCAGUAAUGAGAUCGAGUCAAAAAAACAAAAGAAAUAUUUCACAGGUACAGCUAGUUCAGAUAGGAGGAUAAUACCAGCAAAUUUAGCAUAUUCUAAAAUGAUUGGUCAAGAAACUACUAGUGUAUCUCAUCAACCAAUUGCUAUGAGCUCCAGUGACAACAUACAUAAUUGCAAUAAUAGUAAUAAUAACGCCAGAAAUCAAAGAAACUCCUAUGAUAAUGCAAGCACUAGCCUUACUGAUGAACCGGCAGAUAUAGGUUCAGAGUUUACCCCAAUGUACAAGAUGGAUGUUUUGUUAUACGUAUCAGAUUUAUCCAGAAAGCGUUACGGAACACUAAAUAGAAAAUACUUAUUAUACUUCUGGUAUUUGAUUAUCAUAUCUAUUUUCUAUGGACUACCAGCGGUGCAGUUAAUCAUGACCUAUCAAAAAGCUGUUUUUGAGACUGGCAACGAAGAUUUAUGUUAUUACAAUUUUGAGUGUGCUCAUUCACUUGGCAUCUUUACUGCUUUCAACAAUAUCAUUUCAAAUAUUGGCUAUGUUAUGCUCGGAUUAUUAUUUCUAGGCUUAACUGCACGGCGAGAUAUCCUUCAUAGACGGAUGAAGAAUUUGAACCCGAAUUCUCAGGUGCUAGGAAUUCCACAACAUUAUGGUUUAUUUUAUGCAAUGGGUUUGGCAUUGACUAUGGAAGGUUUGAUGAGUGCUUGUUACCAUAUGUGCCCAAGCUUCUCUAAUUUCCAGUUUGACACAGCCUACAUGUAUAUUCUUGCUAUGUUGAUUAUGCUGAAAAUAUAUCAGACGAGGCAUCCAGAUGUUAAUGCAUCAGCUCACUCAGCUUAUAUGGUAAUGGCUGUAGUCAUUUUCCUCGGAGUUCUUGGUGUUUUAUAUGGAAAUCAGGUUUUUUGGAUCAUUUUCACGAUCUUCUUUUUAAUAAUGAGUGUUGUACUUACAGUCGAGAUUUAUUAUAUGGGCCAGUGGAACAUUGAUUUGUGUCUUCCGAGACGUAUUUACCACCUAAUUCGUACGGAUGGAAUCGGUUGCUUCCGUCCAACUUACUUAGAGCGUAUGGUCCUUUUACUUAUUGCCAAUUUAGUUAAUUUUACCUUAGCUGGUUAUGGCAUAGUCAGACGGCCAAGGGAUUUCUCCACCUUUUUAUUAUCCAUUUUUAUGAUCAACUUGUUAAUGUACACGUUUUUUUAUGUGAUUAUGAAAUUGAGACAUCGUGAACGCUUUCAAAUGCUAUCGUUGGUGUAUAUUUUGUUAGCUUGUGUCUCAUGGGGCUGUGCAAUUUAUUUUUACUUAACACGAACAACUACAUGGGAAGUGACUCCUGCUCGAUCCCGUGCACUUAAUCAACCAUGUGUUUUAUUAGAUUUCUAUGAUGCACAUGAUGUUUGGCACUUUUUAUCGUCAAUAUCCAUGUUCUUUUCUUUUAUGUUACUAAUGUACCUAGACGACGAUCUAUCAAAGCGUCCAAGGAAUCAAAUUUUUGUUUUUUGAUCAUCUAACAAUAAAAUGCUAAUACUAUUUUUCUAGUUUCUCUUCUUCAGUGAUUAUUAAUGAACAUUUACGAUCAGACGUUAUACUUCCAUUAAUUUCUAAAUUGAUUUCUUUACUAUUAAUAUAUUUCGCAAAUUCAUACAAAUCAAGAUAUUGUAUAAUGCAUAAAUUUUGUUUCCCUCUUUAAGUUGUUUUUUUUUUUACCGUCAGUUUGUCAUUUAAUUAGACUUCCAAAUUUUAUAGGAUACAAUAUAAUAUAUAAAGCAUGAC